GGUGUUGAUACUUUUUGAAUUUUAAAGCAAAUAAUAAUUUACAGAGUGAUAAUUAUCUUAUUUUCUUGUCCAAAACUGUUGUUGCUUUCGACCGCGAAAAAGAAACCCUUCCUCUCCUCGCGCAAUUUGCGUCCAUGAAAGCUAUCAACCCACCCUCUACACCCAACAUACAUACUCGACGAAAACAAAAUGCCUCCACGAAUGCAAGCCUACGGGGCUGCCCCAAAUAAUAUGGCGUCUCAUUAUCAACAAUAUCCGCCUCAUACACAACCACAUACCGCAGGACUUCCUCCGCCUGGCUCGAUCGGAAAUCAAUUUAUGAGUGCGAACUCCAUGAGCAAUGCAUUCGCAAAUGGAGCUAGUAUGGGUAUACCAGGAGGGUUUUCUGCACCUGGUAUUCCAUUGCAAGGCGGUGGAUUAGCAAGUCAAGCUGCACAAAUGAGCUUCGCUGCAGCACCGUUGCAACAACAAGGGCACAACGGAAUGGCAGAUUCAGGGACGCGGGGUAUACGUGAUAAGGGUAGAAUACGAGAUGUUUGGAAGGGGAAUCUACAUGAGGAGAUGGCAAUUCUGCGGCAGUUAGUGGACAAAUACCCUUAUAUUUCUAUGGACGCAAAAUUCCCUGGAAUCGUUGCUCGACCUAUGGGAUCAUUUAAUGGCAAGGGAGAUUAUCACUAUCAAUGCUUACGAUGCAACGUAGACUUACUGAAACUUAUACAACUGGGCAUAACUUUAUAUUCGGAGGAUGGAGAAUCAUUGCCUGCGACUCCUCCCUCGGACUCGGGACUAGAUCGGAACUCAGCAGGACGAAGAAUUGGUAACGGCAUGGGACAGAUACCUUGCACAUGGCAGUUCAACUUUAAAUUCUCUCUGUCGGAUGAUAUGUAUGCAGAAAAGGGCAUUGACGAAAGGAAGAUUGCCGGCACGGAUUUCAACAGAUUAAAGGAAGAAGGCAUCGAUCCAUUCGAGUUUGGUGCGGUAUUGAUUAGUUCCGGGCUUGUAUGUGAUGAGGAGAAACGUUGGAUCUCAGGGCAUGCUGGCUACGAUUUUGGAUACCUCACAAAGAUUCUGCUUCAAAGACCCUUACCGGAUGACGAAAGAGAAUUCGAUAUGCUCAUGAAAAAGUUCUUUCCAAGUGUAUAUGAUAUCAAAUAUCUCAUGCAACAAGGAACAAUUAUGAACAAAUUAGGUCAGCUUUCUCAUGUCGACGCCGUCACCGCAGAACUCCUUCAACGCACCGAGCGACAUCCCAACAUUGAGACUAUGAUCGACGUCCUCAAAGUUAAACGAGUAGGUGCUGUGCACCAAGCUGGUUCUGAUUCCCUCGUCAACGGUCGAGUCUUUUUCAAACUCCGCGAACGUCUUUUUGACGGCGAGAUUGGAGAUGAGCAUUUAGGUCGUGUCUUCGGUAUCAAUCUCCAAGAAGCUAAUACAGCUGCUACCCAACAAACCACCCCGCAGCAUUACAAUCAAUACCAAGAAAAUACCACUCCGAAUCAAAAUGGUUCAGGAUCGUCGUUUGCGAAUGGCGCACCCAGUACUCCGAACAAUGGAAGUGUAAAUUUAGCAACUACACCUGCGCAUAAUAAUAAUGGAGGAAAUGGUUUAGGUCCGCUAACACCAAGUAAUGGUGGAGGUGCGUUCGGACAUUUCCAAUAUGCAAAUAAGCAGUAAAGAAGAGUUUUGCAAAACUCAACAUUUUCUAGCUAUUGGCAGGAGAAAUUAUACAAACAUACAUUUCCUAGGUUUCCUUGGCAUUUGAAGAAACUGAAGGACGGAGUUCAUGAGGGGUAGGGCUUGGGCGCGUUAUUUGGCUGAACUGAACUGUUUGAUUAAAUGAACGCAACUGCAUCUGCAAAUCACCUGAAAGGAUGGGUUGUAGGGCACUUACUUUUACCUUUGUGAAUCAAUAUCGGUGAAUUCUGGAGCGUCGGGUUUGAUGAGGACGGAAAUUUGUACAGUAUGGAAUUGACUGAUACCUUGUUUGCUUUGGUAUCUGGAUGAGUGCAUCCGAAGUGCUCGUGAUAUCUGUAUUUGUGAUCUCGGAUGUGAUAUUUGAUGUAGUUUGCUUGGGUAUCAAUUCUUUAUUUGCUU